CUCUCGAACUCAUUGUCUGAGAAAUUGUUAUCCAUAACCAAAAUUGUUAAAAAUAGUCUCUUACUUUUGGAAUAAACAAAGAAAAUGCGGUCAAAUGAGUAUUAAACGUGCCUUAUUGUGUUUCUCGCUUUCUAAAAUAGUGUUAAAUGAAAUAAACAUGUGAAGUAUUGGGACGAUUGCUAUGCAUUUGUUUUCAUUAUGACAAAACGCCGAAGAAUACUUCAUGCGGACAAAAUAAUUCAAAAUAUUAUGAAUGUGUUUUGUUUGUUAAUGUUCCUGCAGUUAAAAGGUUUAUAUGCAGUAGUUAGUAAUCCAAUAUUGUUAUACUCAACGGCAUCUGACAUAAGAGUGGUGAAUACUUCAAAAUUGAGUAAAGUUAAUACCAUCGUGAAGGACCUGGAGCAAGGUUCAGCUGUGGACUUCCUUCAUAGAAAGGAUCUAAUAUGCUGGUCAGAUCAGACUGCUGAGCUGAUACAGUGUAUGAGUUAUAAUGAAACUCAUGUAGGAGAUAAGGUUAGAAUAGUUUCAGAGGGGUUAAUAACACCUACUGGUUUAGCCAUAGACUGGUAUACAGACAAGUUAUACUGGACAGAUGGAGAGACCAAUAGAAUUGAAGUCAUUAGCAUAGAGCAGAGACAUAGAAAGGUAUUGUUCUGGUCUGAGGUCGACCUCGCCAGGGCAAUUGCUCUUGUUCCUAAAGAAGGUCUCAUGUUCUGGACGGACUGGGGUGAAGUGCCUAAAAUAGAGAGAGCUGGCAUGAACGGGGACCCAGCUACUCGCAAAGUAUUAGUCAAGGACAAUAUAUGCUGGCCAAACGGUAUCACAGUAGAUUACGACAACGACCUCAUAUACUGGGUUGAUGCAAGGCUACAUUUUGUCGAUGUCAUCGAUUUCAAUGGAAAAAAUAGACGAAAUGUUGUCAAAGAAGAACUUGUGUAUCCGUACGCACUAGCAUUUUUUAAUUAUAAAUUGUAUUGGACUGAUUGGAAGACAUGGUCAAUACACACAUGGGACAUUUCAACAUCAGGACCAAUGAAGGAAUUGAUAAAAUCAGACCCAGUGCCUGUAGAUUUGAAGGUGUAUGAUGGAAGCAAGCAAGUGAUGCCCACUGGAGACUAUCCAUGCAAGGAGAACAAUGGAGGAUGUUCACAUUUGUGCCUUUUAGCGCCUAAACCAGCAGGCUACCAAUGUGCAUGUCCAACGGGCUGCAAGUUGAAGGAAGGCAGCAACACAACUUGCUACAACUCCCCGCAGUCCUUGCUCAUCGUGGCGCAGCGCUCCGCCAUCUCCAAGAUAUCGCUGGACUCGCCAGACUUCACUCCCUACACGCUACAUCUAAAGGACCUGAAGAGAGCACUUACUGUGGACUUUGAUCCAAAGUCUGAAUACAUCUAUUGGGCUGAUAAUUUGGCAAAGACAAUAUCCAGAGCUCGCCUGGAUGGCAGUGAGCAAUCAGUGGUGAUCCACAGCAGUGGAGUGCCAGACAGCAUAGCUAUCGACCCACUCGCUAGGAACAUUUACUGGACCGACCCUGUCACUGACACUAUCAAUGUCGCACGACUUGAUGGGAGCUCGAAAAAGGUGUUAAUCCACAACGACUUAUACGACCCACGCGCCAUAGCCCUCCACCCAGUAGCUGGGUGGAUGUUCUGGUCGGACUGGAACGAGAAGAAGCCGAAGAUAGAGCGCGCCAACCUCGACGGCAGCGCGCGCGUACUACUCGUGUCGGAACGACUCGCCUGGCCUAAUGGAAUCGCACUAGAUACCGUCAAGAAUAAACUCUAUUGGGGUGAUGCUAAGACGCAUAAAAUUGAGGUAUGCAACAUGGACGGCACGGAGCGUAAAGAACUGCACAACAGCGAGAUACUACACAUCUUCGGCCUCACCUUACUCGGGGAACAUCUCUACUGGACUGACAUGCAGAAACGGACCUUAGAUAGAAUUAACAAAAACACAGGUCUAGAACGCCAGGCAGUAGUGGAACAGAUGGCGAACAUGAUGGGAGUGAAGGCGUUCCGCCUCGGGGAGACGCUCCCGUGGAACCCGUGCGCUGACAACAACGCGGGCUGCUCGCAUCUCUGCUUCAAUACUCCGGAGAAAUAUGUCUGUAGCUGUCCUAUUGGUCUAGAACUAAGCAAAGACAAGAAGACCUGCGUGGAACCGGGAGCGUUCCUAGUGUACAGUCGCAAGAACGUCAUCGGUCACAUCAGCAUUGAGAACGAGCAGAGUGACGUCAUACUGCCUCUUAAAGACUUGAAAGAAGUUAGUGCAUUAGCCGUCCACGUAGCAGGCAACAAGCUGUACUGGUCGGACGCUAAAACUAAGACCAUCAACCGAUGUUCUGUCAAUGGUUCCAAUAUGGAGAAGGUCUUGGAGUGGAUGGGUUUAGUUGAAGGUAUAGCAAUAGACUGGUCAGGCCACAACAUAUACUGGACGGACACUGCGACGCAGCGCAUUGAAGUGGCUCGACUUGAUGGCUCCAGCAGACGGACCCUCAUCUGGCAGGGGUUAAAGAAACCUAAGAGCAUUGCACUGGAUCCUAAAAAGGGCUACAUGUACUGGUCAGAACUCGGUUCAAAGAGUAUAAAGCGGGCUGGUAUGGACGGUUCAUCUCCCACAGUCCUCUUCGAACAAGUUGGCAAAGUCCACUCCAUCGCCAUAGACUAUGAGAGACGAGGCCUCUACUGGGCCGCCUUAGACCCCCCGGUCAUAGAGUUCGCGUACCUUAAUGGGACUGGACGCAAGACGUUGAUAAACAAUGUGUCCAUGCCUUAUACGCUGACGUUGUAUAAUGAUAAGAUCUAUUUUGGUGAUUGGAAUACUGGUGUAGUGGAGUCUGCCAACAAGGUGUCUGGCGCGGGGCGCGCGGCGCGCGGCGCGGGGCUGGAGUACAUCUCGUCGCUGGCGGCGUGGGCGGGCCCGGCGGCCGGCGCCUCGCAGUGCGGCGCCGACAACGGCGGCUGCGCGCACCUGUGCCUGGCCGCGCCCGCCGACUACGUCUGCGCCUGCCCCGCGCACUACCGCCUCAACAGGGACAACCUCACUUGCGACGAACCAGAAGAAUUCGUACUAUUUGCUCUGAAGAAUGCAAUCGGACGAAUAGUGAAUACUAAUGGGGAAUGCAGCGACGCUUACAUACCGCUGACUGGGCUGAAAAACGUUAAGGCAAUCGAGUAUGAUCCUGUUAACAAACACUUCUACUGGAUGGACGAGGACUCACACGCGAUCCGACGGGUCCCAAUCUCCUACUCCUCGAUGUCAGCCAUUUCAAACUCAACCGUCGUAGUCUCAGGUCUCAGUCGGCCCUUCCACAUGGUGCUAGAUAUUCUCGGUCGCGCCCUCUACUGGACAUGUUCAGACACUGAUUCUAUAAACGCCACCUCCAUUGAUAAUAACUCCUCGUCCGGUGUCAUACUUCGAGGGGAGAAUAUGAUGCCCAGAUUCCUGGCCUUCCAUCAGACUAAGAGGUUCCUGAUCUGGAGCGACGCGGGCCUGGGCGUGAUAAUGCGUUCGAACGUGGACGGGCGCGGGCGCGUGGAGCUGGCGCGCGCCAGUAACGUCACGGCGCUGGCGCUGGACGCCGCCGGCAACACGCUGUACUGGGCCGCCAGCCGACAGAUACUCGCCGUCGACCUCGACGGAUCCAACAAACGCGUGGUGUGGCAGGGCGGCUGGGCGGGCGCGCUGGCGGCGUGGGGCGGCUGGGCGUACUUCGGCGGCGCGGGGGCCGCCAUGCGCCUGGCGCUGGGCCGCCGCGAGGCCCCCGCGCAGCCCCUGCCGCAUGUACCGCGCCUCGUCGCCGCCAGGGCCGUCGGGAAGGUCCCCCGCACGCACCCAUGUUGGCGCGGUGGUUCCUGCGGCGGGGCCCCGGGGUCGUGCGGCGCGGGGGGCAACUGUGGGUGCGCGCUCCGCUGCGGGGCCCCCGCCCCGUGCCAACCACAACGCUUCCUGUGUGACCCCGCCGCGCCCGAGCCGCGGUGUAUACCGCAUCACUGGAAAUGUGACGGACAGAAAGACUGCGAGAACGGCGCGGACGAGGCGGAGUGCGGCGCGUGCGCGGGCGGGCUGCGCUGCGCCGACGGAGCCUGCGCGCCCGCGCUCGGCGCCUGCGACACCGGCGCGUACUGCGCGCGCGCGCCGCUGCCUGACGCAUUCCGAUGUGACGAACGCCUCUGCCUAGCUCCACGAUUACUCUGCGACGGGCACCAACACUGCGAGGACGGGUCUGACGAGGCGCCCGCUAACUGUGGGUUUGCGGGCGCCAAAGAACAUACAGCGCCCGGCACGAGGCGGUCCAGCGCCUUCGUAGUGUGCGGCUGUAUCGCGGGGGCCGCCGCCGGGCUCGGCGCCGCCUGGGCCGCACUGCGGAGGGUGCGCCGGGCCGCCCGGGCCCCGCUGCCUCGCAGGGGCCGCGCCGUGGGACUGGGCCCCUCGCUCCCUCCUAUAACACCCGCAGCCCGAGCGCUUGUGCCUAUCAAACGCGAUAUCCCCAUGAUUCCUGCGCUCACUGCUAGUUAUACUGAUAGCGUAGAGAGCGGGUGUGCCCGGUACCCGCGUCCGACAGCGAACCCGCCGCCGAGCCCCGCGACGGGCAGCGACGGGGGGUCGGCCCCGCGGCGGCGGCCCUACCGCCACUACCGCGCCAGCAACCGGCCGCCGCCGCCGACGCCGGCGUCCACGGACGCCUGCGAGUCCGAGCCCGAGCCGGCCGCGCGCGCCCCGCCGCCCUCGCCCGCGCCCCGCGCGCACUGACCCGUACUCACUCACUUACCCGUGCGAUACUUUUUUUGAGCAUUCGAUUGAUACUCGACUUUCAGACGACCGAACUGAAACCUAUAAACUAACCCGUGGUGUGCUGGAACGCAAAUCUACGCAAAACUCCAUGCAGUUUCUAUUGUGUUUAUAGUCAAAGGCUAAUUCGAUCUAAUGGCUAGUGUCGAUCAUCGCUAUCUGUCGUUUAUGCGUUUACUAACAAAUAUAUAAUUUGAUUUCUACGUGCUAUAAAAUGCUGAUUUCGACUUAAACUUAUACCAGUGCCGAAGAUUCUUUCAUUAUUUGUAGUCCAGUUUCGUACAAACAAAAACAUAGUGAACACAUCAAUACACUGACUCAGUCAUCUAAUCUCUAUAACGAAAUUAUUUAGCAAUAAAACAGAUUAAAACAAUCCCUAAAACAAAAUAGAUAGAGCACAUAAUUAUUUGACAUUAUUCAGAUUUGACAUCACACACAUUUCACAUCACACCGCAAAUGUUAUGUUUAAGUGUGAAAUAAGUAAUUGGUGCUAUUUCACUGUUCGUGCCUCAAUAAUUGUUAUAAGUAUAAAAUCUCUAUUAUUUGUAUUAUAUAGUAUAUAGUAGUGUUUAAUUAAAAGUUAAGGGGGAAUACAUACAAAAAGAAAAUAAUAAUAUAAUCAAGGCAGCUCUUUAAGGCAGUAUUGAUAAAAUGUUAGACUAUAAGUUGAUUGCUCGUUAUUAAAAGGUCAUAUUUUAAUGUUUAAUAUAAAGAGGAAUUGUUAAAGCAUAUAGUACAACUAGUUUUACUCCUGAGUAAAAAUUUAUUGUAAAGUAUGGGAGAGCCAUGCUUCAACACGAAUGGACCGGCUCGACCGGAGUGAUACCACGGCCGAGCAGAAAACCAUAGUGAAAAAACACUUGCGUUGUCUAUCGCCGUAUAAGCAAAGUUACCAGAAACCCAGUCACCCACUAAUCUCCCUAAUCCCGAAUCCCCAACAGUCCUCAAAUUCCUAAACCUAGGCCGGUAAGGCACUUAUAACGCCUCU